AUGGCCUGUAUCCGCCCGAGGCGCUGGUGCGUCCGAGAGAUCGCAGCUCAGCUCGAGUCCCUCUUUCGGUCUGCUUUGUGCCUCUUCCACUCAAAGGCUCUGCCUCUCGCCUCGGACGUCUCUUCGUCCAGAAUGUGCUCGGUUGACACGAAAGCCGGUUUCCGCUCGAAGAACACCACCACAGUCCGACGUGCCCACGACGCAACGAGCAGGCCGCAUGCUCAUGUCGAAUUCCCUUUUUGCUUUAUCCUCGUCCAUAUGAACUCACCGAAGUCUGCGGGAACAGAAUCCGAUUGGUCAGCGCGACGAGCUGGUGGCAGUUUUGACAUCUACUCAAGUGAAAUGUAA